UGAAUGUGAAGGGAAAACGUAGGAAUGUGCGGGUGACGGUGGUGAGUGAUGACCACUACUUGUCACCACUCACCUUGUUUAAAAUGCUGAGUAGUUUUUAGUUGGGGGGUUUCAUAUCAUUUCUCUCCGAAAGGAAAGCCCCAUCUGAACUACAUUAAUUUCCCUCUUCAUCACCACCGAAUCCCAUUAAUCAUAAACCAUGAGCUCUCUUCUUCAGAGUUUUCAGAGCAAGGAAGCUCUGCCGAUGUCGCAACCUGCAGAAGAAACAGCAGGAGGAGGACUUGGCGUCCGCAAAAGGCUGUCUUCACUCUCCCUAAGGAUCAACAUGCGCGCGAGGUCUGCUUGUCAACAACCCAUCCUCUCAUUCUACUCCACCUCUAACACCUCUUCCUCCUCAUGGGCAUUUCGCCGAUCCAAAUCCUUGUCCUCUUUAUCAGCCGGAAUGGGAGAAUACGCUGGCAGUUCGAUAAGGAAAUGGUGGGAGUGGGGAUUGGGCUGGAUCAUGUCCAAGAAGCCCACGUUCGCCCAGGAUCUGGAAAUGAACGAAGAGGAGAAAGCCGUAUUGGGAUGCCACAGCAGAGGCAGUUUGAGGCACGUGUUUUACAAAGUAAGGUCGGAGCUGCGGAGGUUCGUCCGCUCCGACAACAACGUCGGUCUACCUCAAACCUUCCGCUAUGACUCUUUCAACUACUCCAAGAACUUCGAUGACGGCAAGGCAAUGACAAACUGAUCAUAUAUAUAUAUAUAUGCAUGCGUCAAAUUACCAUUUCUUUUGGAAGAUCUAUAAGCUCUUUUUGUGAUGUUGGUUCAUUCAUUGAUUGAUUCCAAGUUGUUGAUAGAUUCGAGUGGUUGCCAAAUCAUAGAUCGAUCGGGGAGUUAAAAUGUACGUCUCAUUAUGCAGGCAGACACAGUAAAUGUGCUUCGUAGUACUACUUUAUAUAUCCAUGUUAAAGUAUAAUUUGUGGUGAGUACGUAUAAAUGUAUAAAUUAGUAGAAAUUGAAUUAAUUCAUAGCGGUCCCCUGUUCCUGGAAGCAUUGCAUUCAUCUUCAUCGUAUAGUCGAACGGAGCAGCUACACAGGCACAGAAUGCUAGUUGAGUGAAAGUGAAACCAAUCCGAGCCUGAUCAUGCCGUUGUAUUAAUUUUUGGUUUUCCCCCUCUUCGUUGUCCUUGUAAUUCUUUUCCAGUACCAUUCUUGUGCUUUAUGUCAUAUUAUGUACUUUCUCCGUUUGAUUUAUGUAUAAAUGUAAAUUUUGUUGGCCAAAAAUUAAAGUCACCGUCCGAUUGGAUUCAGCCUUUGCAUA